AUGGAAACGACCACUGGCCUCACCUUCGCCGUCCGUCACUGUGAACAGAACGGACCCAACUACUACCACACAGCCCACGGCGAGGACGCACUCCUCAUCGCCAACGAUUACUAUCACACUACCGAUGCCAUCACGUACCUCGGAGCGGAGGGGCCAGACGGUCGGGGCGGCAUUCCUUCGCAGGCCAUCUCGCCUUCGCUGUUCGUCGACAUCGUCCGCGAUUUGCUCGUGAACAAGCGCAACCGCAUCGAGGUGUGGGCCGUCCCGACCGGCGGUCCCAAGAACACGCAGAACAAUUGGCAGAUCAUCAAACGAGCCUCGCCCGGCAACAUUCACGACUUCGAAGAUCUCAUGUUCCAGGACGACGUGGGAGCUGCUGGCGCCGACAACCCGAUCACGCUCGCCCUGCAGUUUGGCUUCAAAGAUGGUCAGCGGAUGGUUGGUGCGGCAUUCAUCGAUCUGAACACUCGCACGCUCAACGUGUGCGAGUUCAUCGACGACGACCAUCUAUCCAAUGUGUACGUUUCCCUGUACCACGCGCAGGAUGCGCUUGAGCGUCUAUGGACUGAUGUGGGACGUCACAUCUAUGCACCAUGCCACGACCGCAGUGAAUCGCUGGUGGUGCAGGUGGGGGCAACCGAGUGUCUGCUCGCGCAGGAGGACGAGGCCGAGACUACCCGUAUCCUGACUGUGCUUGAGGCGUGUAACGUGCUCGACACGCCCAAGAGGAAAGGUGGCGACCAUGCCACUCACCAGUUUUCCGUCCGGCGAGGUGAGUUUGCGAUCCAUACGCUUGAGCAGGACCUGACUACCCUGCUCGCUCUGCCUCCGCUUCAACAUAACUACGAUGAAAUGCAAAAGCAGUUUGCCAUGGGCGCUGCGGCCUGCCUGAUUCGUCACUUUGAGCUUCUCUCGGACAGCAACAACAUCAACAAAUGGCACCUCAAGUCCCACAACUUUGGCCAGUACAUGCGACUUGACAGAACGGCGUUCGUGACUCUGCACCUGAUUCCCGAAGGGAAAGAGAAGCGUUCAAUGAGCCUCUUCUCCCUGCUCAAUCACUGCCGCACGCCCAUGGGUUCUCGUCGGCUCGUCCAGUGGAUCAAACAGAACAUUGUCGAGCUGUUCUUCGACGACCACGAGCUACGGGGCACCCUGCAGGAGAACCUCCUGAAGCGCGUGCCCGACGUCAACCGCUUGAUGCGCAAGAUCGUGAAGGGCAACGCCGGACUUCAAGAUAUCCUUAGGCUGUACCAAUUCGUGGAGAAGCUGGUGGGCAUCCACAUGGCUCUCAGCUUCUACGCGGGCGAGCACAAGGACCUCAUCACCGCCAAAUACGAGGAACCGCUGGCCGAAUUGAUCGAGAGCUUCAAGCAGUUCGAGGCCAUGGUGGAAACGAUGGUGGACCUCUCGCUGAUCGAUCAGCACGAGUACCGCAUCCGCCCCGACUUUGACGACGACCUCAAGGAGUUCUACAAGGGCCUGCAAAAGUCGAAGCAGAAGAUGGAGGACCUACGGAGCCGAAUCGCUGAUGACCUCAAGUUGGACUCGAAGGAGCUCAAGCUGGAGAGCUCGAAGCACGUGGGCUACUUCUUCCGACUCACGGCCAGGAACGAAAAGCUGAUCCGCAACCGCAAGGACUUCAUCCGCGUCGAGGGACAGAAGAAGGACGGCGUCAAGUUCCGCAAUUCUGAUCUCCACAGGUUGAACGAGGACUACAAGAAGUUCAACCGGUCCUACGAACAGAAGCAGGCACAAAUCGUCGCCAGUGUUGUCACCACUACAUCCACGUACCAGCAGCCCAUGGAGCGCGCUUCGGAGAUCAUCGCCGACCUUGACGCGUUCGUCAGCAUGGCCCAUGUGUCGGCCAACUGGCGUUACACGCGACCGCAGCUCACCGAGCCCGGCGUGGGCGACAUCAUCAUCAAGGGAAGCAGGCACCCGUGCCUGGAGACGAUGGACCAGAUCAACUUCAUCGCCAAUGAUGUCAACCUCACACGAGAAUCGCGGGUUCAGAUCAUCACCGGGCCGAACAUGGGCGGCAAGUCGACGUACAUACGACAGGUGGCAAUGGUGGUGCUGAUGGCCCAAAUGGGCUGCUUCGUGCCGGCCGAGUCGGCCUCCAUCUCGAUCGUCGACGCCAUUUUGGUGCGGGUCGGCGCCGGCGAUUCGCAGCUGCGCGGCAUCUCCACCUUCAUGGCCGAGAUGCUCGAAACGGCGGCCAUCCUCCGGUCGGCCACCUCCAAGUCGCUGAUCUGCAUCGACGAGCUGGGGCGCGGAACGUCGACCUACGACGGAUUCGGGCUCGCCUGGGCCAUCUCGCGACACAUCGCGAAAGAGAUCAAGGCGUUCUGUCUGUUCGCCACCCACUUCCACGAGCUAACCUCGCUGGCCGACGAGAUUCCGCACGUCGCCAACCUCCACGUCACGGCCCAAACCGGUGACGAGGACAAGCUGGCGGACUUGACGUUCCUGUAUCAAAUCCGCCCCGGGGCGUGCGAUCAGUCGUUCGGCAUCCACGUCGCCAAGAUGACCAACUUCCCCGAGGAGAUCGUCAAGGUGGCGGAAGCGAAGGCGGCUGAGUUGGAGAGCUUCGACACGGUGCUGGUCAAGGAGCACCAACUGAGCCCCAGCAAGCGCUUGGCAAACAAGGGCAAGCAGAAGGCCGACGAAGCGAGCAGCCCCGCGGCGCAGGACCAAAGCAGCAGCGAUGCCGACGAACUCGCCGGUGUGGCGGAGCGACUCCUUCAGGACAUGGAAGUGGCCGGCCUCGACCAGCUGCCGCGCGCCGAGGCGAUGGAGAAGAUCGCUGCCCUCGUUGCGCGUAUCGACCAGGCGAAGGCGAACAACCCUCGCCUGGCCGCCCUUCUCGCCAACACCCAUUGA